UUUGGUACAAUAUUAAAUAGUCAACGUGAUAUUGUUCGUCGAAGUUCUAAUUCAAAUAUUAAUACAAAUAUAAAUGUAAAUCAUAAUCGUAAAUUAAAAAAAUCAAGUGAAGAAACUCCUCAUCUUCCUAAUGUAGAAGACGAAUCCAAUGAAACAAUGAGCGGUGAAAGAAUUGGAAUUAUUUCCGAUGAAAAUUUUGAUAAUGAAAAAUUAUUGGUAACAGCUGCAGCAACAGCAGCAGCAGAUGCAUCAAAAGUUAUUGCUGAAUUAUUGAUCAAUGAAUUGAGUGAAACAAUAUCUGAUGCUGUUGGUGAAGCUGUUGCUAAAAUAUUAUUAAGUAAAAAAAAAAGUUUAACAAAAGCAACAGCUAAAGCAUUAAUUUCAAGAAGAAGUCAAAGUACAAAUAGCAAUGUUAAUGUUAAUAAUAAUCACCAUCGAAAACCAGUUGAACCAAUUGAAUCAUCUGAAAAUUUUAAAGAUGACAAUGAUGAUUUUGAUAAUAAAUUAAUAACGAAAAAAAAACAACUUGCCAGGUGGCCAGAUGAUGAUACACAUUAUGGUGAAAAAAAAAUUAAUAAUGAGUUGAAAGAUGAUUGUGGCAAUCCAUUAAAAAAACGUGCAAAUUCUCGACGAUGUUUCAAGAGACUAAUCCAACAGCUUUUCUUUGAAUAAAAUAUAUAAACUCAAUUAGAACUGAAAAAAAAAGCAGUUUUUUUCACAUGAGUUAAUAAUGAUUUUGAUGAUUAAAAUAUUAAAAAAAUAUACUUACAUUUGUGAGUUAAAUUAUUUAAUAAAGUUUAAACAAUUACU